GAUAAUAUACCCCAGACCUAAUAAGCAGCUCUUGCUGCGGAUGCCCCACCCCGAAAUAACUCUUCCUCCUGUCCUGGCAUGCUCCAACUGGAAUUGGAUCCUACUGCCUCAAUCCAAUUGCAAUUUCAUGGCUGUCCAUCAGGACGAUUGCGAUAUCGCAGACUUUGUUUACCGGAUCAGCACUGCUCAGGAAUGGGAUGAGCUGCAGAGCACCGGCGCCACUUUCGGUGGACACCUUGAUAAAUCCACUGCUUGUAUUCACCUCAGCAGCCUCCAUCAGGUCCCAUCAACUUUGCAAAACUUCUUCUUGAAUGUGAAGGCAGAUCUGUACCUACUCCAGAUUGAUGCUAAGAAGCUACGAGAUGGGCUGAUAUAUGAAGGUGUGGACGACUUGAAUGCAUUUCCUCAUUUCUAUGGUCCAUCUCGGAGUUUCAGUCCUCUUCCACGGGACGCUGUCAGGAAAGCAGAGAAACUGAGGUUUUCUGAUGGGAAAUUCACGUGUGACAUGUUAUUGAAGUAGAAGAAGAAGAAGGAGGAGGAGGAGGAGGUUUUUCAAAAUUCGCUUUGCUUUGCUUUGCUUUUCGGGUCAGGUGAGUCUGUAAUGUUAUGUGCGGACUUGCUGAUUUAGUAAUUAAUGAAUUAAAAUUUGUAGGGAUGGGAGAAGUAGAGUGUUAUAGGAGGGAUUGAAUUUGAAUGCGUGCAUCAUCAAUUCAUGGUUUGGUUCCUCCCUCCUGCAGCUCAGGCUCAGGUGGACAUUCAAUUCAUGGCACGCACAACAGGGUGAGGGUGCAUAUAUGUAUAUGCAUAUGUAGAGUAGUAUAUCUCAGCUACUCAAGCGUGCGUGCCAUUGCCAUAACACCACACCAACACCAAGACAACAUUUUGAGGUCAUAGAGAUGCAUGCAUGGUUCUUGGAGACCAUCCUAACUGACAAGCAGUGACUAGUGAGCAGUGUGUGUGCCACCGCAUUGGUAUUGGUAUUAUAAUAAUGAAGGUGCGUUGACUUUUGAAUUAUGAUUGUUAUUAUUGUGAGGAUAUAUAUGAUUCCUUUUCUUCGUAUAAAAUGAUGAUUAGUUAUAUAUUAUU